AUGCCUCCUCGCUUGGUCGCCGGGCCUGGAGGCCCGUCAGCCAGCAAAAUGCUCAAGAAGGAACGUAUCAUCCAGGUAUAUCAACCUUCUAUCCACGGCGCUAAUCACGCGUUGGAGAGGGCUGACGUGGGUGUAUUGGGCACGGGUAUCCAGGCGCUCAGCAGGAUGAAUGACAGGGACACACAGAAGGCUGCUGCGGAGGAUCUCCUUUCUAUUGUCCUGAAUAUGGACCAGGAAGGCCUGCUCAUAAUCAUUAGCUGCCUGUGUUCAACAGGUUCAGAGCAUAAGGUCUUUGCCCGCAAGGAGUGUGCUCGUGCCAUCGGUGUCAUCGCCAGCGAGGCCUGUCCCCUGCGGGAGCAGGCUCUCCAGCAGCCCCACCUAGGGAAGAUGCUGGGCCAGCUGAGGAGGUCACUUCAGGACCCCGACAGCGGUGUCCGGGAGGCCAGCAGCGAGGCGCUGGCGCUGGUAGCCCAGGGGCUGGCGCAAGUGGAGGCGAACGGGGCGCAGGGCAGCUUGAAUAACCCUGUGGUGAAGCUCAUCUUCGACUGCCUCGCAGAGCAGAAAAAGGAACUCAACGCAGCCGCCUGUGCGGCACUUGGCCUGGCUGCACCCUUCCUGGGCACCUUGGACGCUUCCCUGGCACGUGAGCUGGUGCGGAAGCUCAAUAGCCCCUCCUUCCAGGCACCUGCUGCGCUGCUGGCCGCCUUGGCACGGUCGGAUCCUGCCACGGCCGAGCCCAUCGGAUUGAUGAAGGCAGGUCGUUUAGAAUGGGAGAGGAGCGGCCCGGCGGCUUUCGUGCCGCUCCUCUCAGCGCUGGUGGGUCAGCCCGCGUCGCCACCCAUGGGCGGCAACCCCACGGGCACCGCCGGCAGCGGUGUGGGGGGCGCCCUGUCGCGCCCCGACUGGCCGGUGCGGCUGGCUGCCGCAGACAUGCUCCGCGCCACUGCGGCGCUGCUGGGGCCUCUCAUGGAGCAUGACGGCUGCUGGACUCGCGGGGAUGCGAAGAGCAUCACGGGCCGGGCGAUCCGGGCGCUGGAGUCGUGCAAAUUUGACAAGGUGCGGGACGUCCGCGAUGUGGCGCGCAACGCAUUGUCGGUAAUGGAGGAGCUUCACGCGUACGGCAGUGCCGGAGGAACCCUCCAGGGGUGGCCAGAGCACAUCGCCAGGAAGCUGUACGGGCCAGACUUGCAGCCCCCCGUGGCGACAAGUACCUUUGUAGUCCCCAGCUUCGUGCUUGGAGCAGCAGCGGCCCCUGGGCCGCCCCUCUCCGGUCGCAAGUCCCCCGUUCGACGCUCCGCCGGGAGCCCCGCCCGCCGGCCCCGCUCCGCACAACCCCAGGGCCCCCUCCGUGCCUCCGCCUCACCGCCACGGUCGUCGGCACGGUCCCCUACGCCAGCUGAGCGGCGGUCAUCGCCCAUGCUAGCCCGUGGGGGCUCGGUGUCGGAGCGCUUCCGGGCGGCGCACCGCGACGUUGACGUGGUUUCCGUGCACUUCCUUGGUGGCGUGGCUUCGGAGCCGGGUCCCGGUCCGGCGAAUGAGGAGGGACCCGACGGGGCUGUGGAGUCGCAGCCGCUGACGGAGCUCACGGCGGAGUCUGCCCUGGCCCGGGCGGCCGGUCACCACGAUGACACACUGCCGGACGCGGCACCGGGCAGCCGCCGGGUUUCACGGCAGCCCUCCAAGGCCUCUGACAGCGGUAGGGCCGCGGACCGAGGUUUUGCCCUGGAGCCGCGGGUACCCUCCCAGCCGUCGAGGGGACUAAUAGAUGCGCCGCCGGCCACCGAUGCGCUGCUCCGAAAUCUGGCGCAAGACGACGAUGACGCGGUGGCGGUGCUGGACUCACACGGUCCACCUACCUUUUCAGCGCAUGGGAUUGCAGAACUGCCAUCCGCCGCCGAGCUCACGGCAUGGGCUGCCGCUGUCACCCAUACCCAGCCGCCCGAGCUGCCGUCCUGCGCCUCGGCCGCAUCCUCCACGGUGUCGGCGCCUGAUGGAGCGGCUCCGCCGUCGGUGCCAUCCGCUUUCGCGUCCAAGCCUUCCGUCAGCAUCCCCGUGGAGGAGUGGGUGGCGGCUCAGCAGCGGCUUCGGAGCCUGGAAGAACAACAGCGGCAGCUCCUGGUGGCCUUUACUUCCAUGACGGAAACAAACAAACAGACCAUCGCAGGGCUCCAGGCCAAAGUGCGCAGCCUGGAGGCGGCGCUGGAGACCGCCCAGUCCCAAGUGACCGCGCAGCAACCACCGCCGCAGCAGCAACUCCAGCAGCAACAAGCCGGGGUCGGCGACCUCCCUCUUGCCGAGGGCGAGAUGACCUGGGCGACUCGAACCAUCCGCCCCGGCUCGCCAAUCAUUCCUCUGCUCGUCUCCAGCGGCACAACCGCCGACGGUGCCGGCGCAACCGCGGCGCCGGCCCCGGCAACUGCAGCGGUGCCGGCAGCCUCCGCAGGUUCCGCCGCCACCGACGUGCGGCAGGCUUAUCGGGAGGUUCUAGCGGCGGGGCGGCUGAGUGAUAUGCAUCUGCUGCGGCUGAUGCAGCGCACCGGGCCCAUCUGGGCCGACCUGGGGCCGGAGCUGUCAUCGCAGCUGCUAGCUGCCUUCACUGCCAGUUUGCAGCAGGCGCGCGCGGACGGUCCGUUGCUGUCGCGUGUGAUGCCCUGGCUGUGGCGCCUGGCAGACGAGGAGAACAUCGUAUUCGAGGCGCCCUUUGAGAUGCGCUCGCCGCUUCUGGGGGCCCUCCGCACCGCCCAGGCUGCGGUGACCGACCCACUGCUGUACGACAGGGUAGGGCUGUUGGUCAGCACGUUGCGAACCCACUGGUCACUUCCGGAGACCCAGUCUGCAGCUGCCGGCCAACGCGCACAUCUGCCGCCACAGCCACAGCCGCCACAGCCACAGCUCCAAAACCAGCUGCCGCCACAGCCACAGCCGCACCACCAGCCGUCACCAGCGAUUCCGUCUCCGCAAAGCGGCAGCGGCGGAGCGCCCCAGGAGCUGUCUUUCGGCGCCGGCUUGGCCAGGGCUAUCGCGGGUAUGGCUCUAGGAGGUGCUGCAUACGGCGGCAACGGCAGCGUCGCGGAGAGCUCCAAGCCAACGACGACUGCGGCCCCUGCCCUGACGCCCACGGAGGCGCAGUCUCCUGGGAUGGAAGCCCCGGGGCUGCCGGCGGCAACGCCUCGCUUGUCGGUGUUGCGCAGCUCCCAGACGGGACAGCAGGAGAGUGGGAGCCAGAAGAAAGCCCAGGGAAGCUUGAGGGGUGGAUCUCGGUCAAAACGACAUCGCGAUGUUGAUAAGGUGAAAGAGCUGGAAGCCAUAGCAGCCGCAAAGACGGAGCAGUUUGCAGCUUUGCUGCGGCGAAACAGCGAGCUCAAGUUCAGGAGCAAAAUUCUGUCUGACGCCGUCAUGCUGCGAGACUAUCAGCUACGAAUAGUCAAGUAUGGGGGAGGCAGCCCAUCACCCUGGCCCAUCCCGGCGCUACCUGACGGCGCAUUCCUCUGCCCAAAGCCCAAACUCCCUAACCAUCCCCCUCCCAGCGUGCGAGCGAUGGGGCGGCUGCAAUUGAUUGCCAGCUGGAAAGCCUUCGUGCAGGAGGCAGGCUCGCUGUUGCUGGCGCUGGAGAUGAACCCGGCUGACGAGGCGGCGGCACACCAGAUUAAGAAGCUCGCGGCAAAAAUCGGCAGCCUAUGCCGCCGCAUAUCAGUCCUUGCACCGGAUACCAUGAUUGCCGUGUCUCAGACGCACCUGGAAACAGACACGCUUAUGGCGCCCGACCCGGGCUUUUGGGCACAAGUGGUGCAGGCACUGCGGCUAACGGAGGAGCAGCUGCGCGAGAUGUGUGCCGUGUACGAGCUGUUCAGCGGCAUUAUGGGUCGUAUACUGGCGGAACGCCGCGCCAUACAGGCCAAACUUUCGGCGGGGCUGCAGACGGACCCGCGGUCCAUGGCGGUCGAAAUGCAUGUGCCGCCGGAGGGAGAGGUGCUGCCUGUUCUAGAGCGGAGUCUGCGGAAGGAGAGCGCGGCGCACUUGUUGGUGCGAUCUUUCCUGUUUGGUCGUACACUUAGCAUCGUACAGUUUUGCAGGGCAGCGUUGCAUUCCUACCCGUUUUUCCCCAACGCGACGGGCUUGGCAGCGGCUGCCGCAGGCGUCAGGAUUUGA